AACUAAAACUGCUUGAAACAAACUGUUUUUCUCUUUCGAAUUAUGUAACCAUUCUAAGAAAUGUUUAAGUAUUCACACUUAUACGCGAUAAAGACACCAACACUUAACAAGAAAAAAGACCGAAAAGAUUGACAUUGUACGCAUAUUUUGACAAAAUAAAUUUGCAUCAGCAUAACGCAAACGAUUGUACGAUGAUGUAAUACUCGAAAGUGCUGAUACUGAUUCUAUGUCAUCAUUAUUACGACCUUAUACAGUAUCGUAAGGUUCGUCAAGAUAACCGCCACUCGGAUUUGUCGCCUGAAUUAAUUAAAAAUUUUGAUUUUGAUCUAUUCAUCCGAAAUCGUCAUGUGUUUGCAAUGGUAUGCGUUACCACUUUCGAUAUUAAUACUGUGCGAGUCAUGCGCAAUUCAAUUAUUUAAUGGGAAUAUUUUACCGCCAAAAAUCUCGGAACAACUGGACGAUUAUUGGAAAACUUACAAGACGCAAUAUAAUAAGACCUAUAUGGGAAAUUUGGAAGACACGAGACGAAUGGCUUGGGAACAAAAUCUCGUUGAGAUUUAUAAACAUAAUCUAAUGGCCGCUGUGGGACAUCAUAGUUAUACACUGCGAGAUAACCAUAUCGCUGAUCUCAACACUCGACAUUACAUGCGUAAAAUGGUGAGACUAAUACCGAGUCGAAGAUAUCGAUUGUCAAAUGAGCCGAUACUAUCGGCAGCUUUACAGAAUCGUCACAACAUACCAGAACGCCUGGAUUGGCGCGAAUAUGGCUUUAUUACUCCACCGGUAAACCAGCGAAGCUGCGGAAGUUGUUACGCUUACUCGAUUACGGAAAGUAUACAGGGACAGAUUUUUAUGCAGACCGGUAUGCUGCUCCCUUUGAGCGCACAACAGUUGAUAGAUUGCAGCACGGCGACCGGGAAUCGCGGUUGCACCGGCGGUUCCCUCAGGAACACUUUGAGAUAUCUGGAAAAGUGCAAAGGUCUCAUGUCCAGUUCUCGGUAUCCGUACAAGGCUGAGGAAGGGCAAUGCAGAUUUCAAAGAAACCUCAGUGUCGUUAAUAUAACUUCAUGGGCAAUCUUACCAGCACAGGACGAAAAAACUCUGGAAGCAGCAGUAGCGACCAUCGGUCCUAUAGCUGCUUCCAUAAAUGCCACUCCGAAGACAUUUCAACUUUAUCAUAAAGGUGUCUACGACGAUCAUCAGUGCAGUUCCGAUACGGUGAAUCAUGCGAUGCUGAUCGUCGGAUACACACCAACCGAGUGGAUCCUGAAGAACUGGUGGGGACGGACGCUCGAUGCCAGAUACCAGACUUCCGUAACCACACAGGAUUUCGGGGAAAUUUAAUCGAACCGUACGACCACGGCACGAUAAGAAUGCGGAGACUUUACCCGAUCGAAAAUUCUGCUCGAAGACGAAGUACACGACCAACCGGAACAUAUCUCCAUGGCAUUUUCCGCGCGCGCAUGAGAGAGAGAAUGAGAGGAAGAGAGAGGAAAACACAUAAUACGCAAGAGGAGAGGACGAACCAAUUCGUGCAUUUAUAGGUAGGUAGAUAGAUAGAACUCGAUGGACGCUAACCGCGUGACGCAACGUCAGGCGAAACCGUCACGUAACCACAUAGUGCCGCAUAGUGACGUAAAUCCACGAACGCAUAAUUUGCGUAUGUACAUUUAGGUAGUAGAAAUUAUAAACGAAGGUAGAGUUUCGCGAUCGUGAAAUAGUAGACGCGCUUUUCCUUAAUUAAUGUGAGAUUCAAUAUUUGCACAAUAAAAAAGUAGCGUUAAGCAUUCCCGAUUACUCGAUUAAAUUAAUAAAUAGAUCUGUAUGGCUAUUAGCAAGAAGUUUAUAUUUUCUAAAACUUUACGUAUUAUAUCGUUUUAAAGAUACGUACCACUACACGUUAGUUAUUUUCCACUAGAAGUUUCGUUAUUUUAUUGUACAAAAAAUCUAUUAGGAGUUUAUUUUUGAGACUCUAAACAUUCGCAAAAUGCAAAAAAUUAUAAAAUAGAGUACUCGAAAAAUAUAAAUCUUACAAAACAUUUUGUAUAUUAUUUUGCAUUUACACGGUAAAAAAUAAAUAUAAAUAAAAAAUCUGGCGACUUGCCAUCCAUUUCGUGAGUUUCGGCGAUUAAACGUACAAGUCAUACGUCCCAACGAGUAAAAAUUUUACUUGAACGAUUGCACGUCACAAGAUACAACAACCCGAUAGAAAAACAUCAACGAGUAAUAUGUCCAUGCAUGCAUUGUGGCGGUUUGAAGCUUUUCUUGAUUUUCCGACAUCAUAUGCGAUCUCGAGACCAUGCAAAUUCCAUCUCUCUGUUCGGAGGUCGACCGCGACUCAUUGUUCGUCGGAUGGCAAUGCGCGCAAUCCAUCCCACCGGCAGCGUAACCUCGCAACGCAACAUACUGCGUCUCAUCCUACCAACCCAACCAACUGCUAUCGACAGCUCGAUGUAAACUGGCAUUGCAAGCUCGUUGCC